UUAUCAUGUGACCAUCCAGCUGUACCUCAGGUGCUAUUUGGACUGAGAUCUUCUAAGUCAACAAGAACAGAAGUAAGUGGUGUAGUUGCACACGCAGCUGGAAAUAUGGCACAACCAAGCACAGCCAUCAAUCAAGAUGGUGCACUGGAAUGGGUCAAGAAGGAUCACCGAAGGCUACUUCAUGUUGUUUAUCGCGUCGGGGACGUUGACAAAACAAUAAAAUUCUACACAGAAUGCCUGGGAAUGAAGCUCUUGAGGAAACGUGACAUUCCUGAAGAAAGAUACACGAAUGCGUUUCUUGGAUAUGGGCCUGAAGACUCACACUUCGUUGUUGAGUUGACUUACAAUUAUGGGGUCGACAAAUAUGAUAUUGGAACUGCUUUCGGUCAUUUUGGAAUUGCGGUUGAGGAUGUAUCGAAGACUGUUGAGCUUAUAAAAGCCAAGGGAGGGAAGGUAACUAGGGAACCAGGCCCUGUAAAAGGCGGCAACACUGUGAUUGCUUUCAUUGAAGAUCCUGAUGGUUAUAAGUUUGAGCUUAUGGAAAGAGGUCCUACUCCAGAGCCCUUGUGCCAAGUAAUGCUUAGAGUGGGAGAUCUUGAUCGUUCCAUAGAUUUUUAUGAAAAGGCAUUUGGGAUGGAGCUUCUACGCAAGAAAGACAAUCCCAAGUACAAGUAUGCAAUAGCAAUGAUGGGAUAUGGUCCUGAAGACAGAAGUGCAGUGUUGGAAUUGACCUACAACUAUGGAGUGAAGGAAUAUGAUAAAGGCAAUGCCUAUGCACAGAUUGCAAUAGGCACGGAUGAUGUUUAUAAAACAGCAGAAGCUAUAAAACUAUAUGGGGGAAAGAUUUCUCGUGAACCUGGGCCUUUGCCCGGCAUUAACACCAAAAUCACUGCUUGUGUGGAUCCGGAUGGUUGGAAAACAGUAUUUGUUGACAACAUAGAUUUCGCUAAAGAAUUGGAGUGAUUGCCUCUCUUGCCAGAGCUUUUUACCCAUGAUCCAACCCUUAUUCGAGGUGUAUCUGACCUCGCAUCAUCAAGAGCAGCCUUACGCUCGUCAAAUCCCGUGAAAAUCCCCUAUUUCAGACCUCAGUUUGUAGAUAAGUUAUUCCGUCUGCUGUGUGAGUGAUAAUAGAGCAAUACUUAUCCCAGGUUAUAGCUCAGUGUAGAGGCGAAUGUGUUUUGAUAAUGUUUGUCAGUUUCCUGUAUUGUUAAUCCUUAUAGAUGCCACUUCUGCCAAUAACCUUGUCACUUUGUAGUUGUUUAAUUACAAAGUCCUUUAUUGACCUUGUUAUGCCAAUAUUCACGGUGGCAAAAGUUUGGAUGUUUGCCGAAUUCCUUCUGAUCCAAUUUGUUUCUACGUUCAGUCCCUUCUACUUA